AUGGCGGAGGGAGGCGACGCGAUAGCGAGGCAAGAUUGUGGCCAUGACGAGGUAAUUGAAGAAAAUAAUGUUGUUGAUGAGUUGGGUAGUUGUGGUUGGAAGCCGAAAUUGGGCAUGCCAUUUGACUCUGCGUAUGACUUUUACAAUAACUAUGGUGGAAAGGUGGGCUUUAGUAUUAAGAAGUCGUAUGCACACAAGAACAAACAAACAAAGGAAAUAACUUCACGGACUUUUGUAUGUUAUAAAGACGGAAGUCGGGGUAUUGACAAGCGAGAUCCACUAGUAAAAUUUCCGAGACAAGAGGUGAGAUGUGGUUGUGGUGCCCGAUUGAGUAUCAAGUUAGAUAGAAAUUUAGGAAAAUAUGUUGCAAUUGAUUUCGUUGAGCAUUAUAAUCAUGACCUUGUGCGUGAAGAGUGCAUUCAUAUGUUGCCAUCCCGAAGAAAAAUAUCUACCACCCAAGUAAUUGAAGUAGAAUUGGCUUCAAAAUCUGGAAUUCCUCUUAGGUCUGCUUAUGAGCUAUUGGGUAGGGAAUCUGGUGGAAGAGCAUCACUUGGCUUCACCAAAUUGGACCAAAAAAAUUAUUUGAGAUCGAAGAGACAAAAAGAUUUGGAAUAUGGAGAAGCGGGUAGUGUGUUGCAAUACUUUUGUAAGAAAACUGUGGAAAAUCCAUCCUUUUAUUAUGCGGUCCAAUUAGAUUAUGAAGAGCAGAUAACUAACAUGUUUUGGGCCGAUGCUCAAAUGAUAAUGGACUAUGCUCAAUUUGGUGAUGUAGUGACCUUUGACACUACUUACAAAUUAAAUAACAAGCAUAGACCUUUUGGGACCUUUGUUGGAUUUAAUCAUCAUCGAGAAACAGUUAUAUUCAGUGCAGCCUUGAUGUAUGAUGAGACUGCCGAAUCAUUCACAUGGUUCUUUCAUAUUUUUUUGGAGGCCAUUCCAAUUGUCAUGCCUAAUACAAACCAUCGACUUUGCACAUGGCAUUUGAUGCAAAAUGCUGUGAAGCAUGUAAGUUCUCUUUUUGGAGAUGUAGGGGUGAAGGGUGUGUUUUCAAAAUUUAUGCAUGAAAUUGAUGAUGAAGAAGAAUUUAGAAUACCAUGGGACCAAAUGCUUGAUAGGUACGAUCCACACAACAAUCAUUGGUUGAAGCAAACUUUUGGUGUGAAGGACAAAUGGGGAUGGCCAUAUAUUAUGAAUUCUUGGGCUGCUGGAAUGAGUACUACUCAACUAAGUGAAUCAUUCAAUGCAUGUUUGAAGGAUUAUAUCAAUUGUGAUCAUAACUUGAUGGAAUUUUUCACGCAUUUCGAGAGGGUGCUCUAUGACAAGAGGUAUAAAGAAUUGGAAGCCGAAUAUAAUUUGUCCCAAAAAUUGCCAAAGGUUUUCAUUCCAACUUUGAUGUUAAAGAAAAUGGUAGAUAUUUACACGAAAACAAUUUUUGAGGAAUUCCAAAAUGAGUAUGUGCAAUCCAUUGAAGCAUCUAUUGUAGGCACUCGUAAUGAUGGUGAGAGUACCAUAUUCACAAUUCGAACGAUGGUAGAUGGGAAAAAAGAUAAGAAUGUGAUAAUGGAUACACAUGGUUCUUUGAGUUGUAGUUGCAAGAAGUUUGAAGUCAAGGGCAUAGUGUGUCGACAUUAUUUGAAGGUGCUUAGAGAUAUAUUUAAUGCAAAGGACCUUCCUGCACAAUACAUAUUGAAACGAUGGACUAAAAAAGCAAGGGUUGAAAGUGUAAAAGACAAUCGGGGGUAUGACGUCAAGGCCGAUGUGAAACUAAAUCAAAGCGAUCGAUAUAGGUCAUUGAUGAAUAUGUUUAGAGCGAUAGCAAGUAGAGCCUCUGAAAGUGAAGAAACUUAUCAUUUGUCACUUGCAAAAGGUGAACAAUUGAGUGUAAUGGUUGAAGACAAAUUAAGUGUGCACACUUGUGGUCAAGUGGAGGUCACUGCAUUGAGAAAUUCCUCAACUAACACAUGCCCACAGAGUGAUGAAGGUGAUGGUUUUUGUACUCCUGAAGGUCAAUUUGAGCCUCCUGUCGCCAUGGGUAAUAUUUCUAGUCAGGGUGUUUACACUGCACAAGGUCAAUCUCGACCUCCUUUUGCCAUGGAUAGUAAUUAUGUUGAGGGUGUUUACACUGCACAAGGUCAAUCUCGACCUGCUUUUGCCAUGGGUAGUAAUUAUGUUGAGGGUCAUGGUCGUGCAAUCUAUAUUUCUCAAUCCCAAUCCCAAUCUCGACCUGAAUCACAAUCUCAACCUCCCUUUGCCAUGGGUCGUUCAAGUGUUCAUGAUGUCAUGUAUCCUACAUAUGAUGGAAAUAGAACGCCUCAGUUAAUGCCACCUCAUUCAAUGCCUUUAGUGUAUCCCACUCACACAUCGUUUCAGGAGUUGCUUCGAGGUACUACUGUCCAACUGUCGCAAGCCUCACAUAGUCCUGCUGAUAAUCAUGUGGAUGGACAUCCUUGGAAGCCUUGCACCGAACGAUGA